AACAUAAAUCUAAAAUUGGAGAGAGAUAAAUGAAAAAAAGAAUAAAAAGAAAAGAAAAACUUAUAAACAAAUAGCUAGAACAUUCAUUUUGCCCAAGCUCUUCAAUCACAUAGCCCAUGUUAGGCCUUGUUCCAACUUGCAAUGGAUCAUCUUACUUAAUGGGUUUGGCCCUUGUCUAACCCCAAGCCGCAGCUUUCAAAUUUCUGGCUUUUAGCCUAGAAUUUGACCCAAGGGAGGGAAUACCAGAUAAAAAGAGAGAAAGAUUACAGAGAAAGGAAGCUUUUUAUCUUUUAGAGAUAGAGAGAAUCGGAGACAAUGGAUGUUGACGAUCCGCUUGACUUCGAAAUAGAAGACUCACUUCUUAUUAACCCUGUUGUCCCCAAGAAAAGGAAAAAGCUUAUUGGAUUAGAUGAGCUUUUGAGUGAACACUAUAAGGAGCAAAGCAAACUUAUUGAGAAGGAAGCCAAGAAACAGACAAAAGCUCAAAAAAGCUAUGAUUCUGAUGAGGAUAAAAAUUGCAAAGAAGCUAAACUUUCGAGUCUUCUUGAUGAUUGCCAAGAACAGAUGAGAGCAGUUGGCAGCCAGGAAGAGAUAUCCGAAUGGGACUUAUGUGUCUUUGGACAGCAGAAGACUACACCACCGUUAUCCUUUCCUGAGCUUGGAAGUUGGUCAAUUUUGCAGUCUUUCAUGAAUAAUGAGCUCAACUCUCUGGUGGGGCUUGUUACAAAACAAGACUGCUCUUUCCUUGAAGGGUUAUUGAUAAAUGGAUGGCUCUUAAAACUGAUCUUUAAAUGCGGUUGUUUAGAAAAAUCAAUAGCUACAUGGACCUUUCUCUUGAUGUUAUAUUCAUCAAAAGAAGAGUUGAGGUCAUCUGCUUGUGAAUUCUGGUGUGCCAUUCUUUCAUCAAAAAUUCAGGAUGGUGUGCCACCUGUUGAAAUUGACUGGUACCCCAGCUAUUCUGAACUAAAGGGUGCUCUUGAAAUAUAUGGGUUUCUUUUCAAUUUUUCGUCCAACAUACCUGAUAAAAACAGUUCGGUUUUUAAAGGGCCACCUCAGAAUAUCAUAACCUGGAUCAAAUUUACAGCUGUUUUUUGUCAAGUAAGUUGUAAGCAGUUGUUCCUUUUGACUUCAGACCGUCAAGAACUGGCAGAAGUCAUCAUUUGUCUAUUUUUAGAUCGGCGACUUCAAGGUCUCUCUGUUCUUAUGAGGAGCUGUAUGCAAUCAGUUAUCAGUUCAUUCACAGAAGAAGAAUGGAUAAACAGUUAUUCUGAAAUAGCAAAAUCUCUUGCUUCAAGAGUUCCUAUGGACUUGAACUGCUUGCGAGCAGUGCAAUGCAUUUCAGGAGUCGAAACUCGUAGCAAGCAUCUCAAAAGUGCUGUUGCCUUCCAAAUUCUAGUUAAUUGUUUUGAUAAUAAGGUUACUGAUGAAGAAGGAAUCCUGAAUUUGCUCAUAUCGAUAAAUGUGAAAGAGAAGGACUGUGAUUUUUUCAAGAUGUACCUCUAUCUGGUUUUGACUGAAAAUUGGCUUCGAUAUGAUCAAAUGUUGAGAGAUAAGCCAGUAGUUCAUGAAAUAUGGGGCCUUUUUCUUCGAAAUUGUUCUUGCCAAAUUAGCAGCACAGAUUUGAGAUCUCAUGCAUCAAAAGUUCGUAAUAAAGCUGCAUUUCUUCUACAAGGCGUUGGCAACAAUUAAUCAAAUGUGAGUUCUAAUCCAUCCCCAAUAAAGAAUCUAGAGAUGAUUGAUAUGGAAAGUAACCAAAAGAAGUUAACCUGGCAUAAUUUGGGGUUUGAGGCAAGUCACAACACAAAAGCUGGUGCAAGUGUUGACAGGAUCACCCAGAUUCAAAAGCAGGAUGUUUUGAAGAAAUAUUUUUGUUUAUCUUGGAAAUCUUGUUUUUUAUAUUCUGGGAAUUAAUCUUGUUUACUGGAUAUAAUUAUGUAUAUUUAAGUUUAACAAUGACCCCAAGCUCAUCUGCUUGGGGAAUGUGGACUGUGAAGGAUGAUGCCUGAGAUAUGUAAUUAGCUUAUUCGUAGUUAAUGUGUUAAUCAAAUGUUCUUCCCUUAGUUAUUGGACUUCCUUCUCUUAAGGCAAGGAGAAGAAUGGAUCUUUUAUUUAUGUUUCUAACCUCCAAUUACAAAACAAAAAAUCAAAAUCAAAAUCACCCUGUUGAACUAAAUUGCCAGAAAAGGGCAAUUCUUAAGUAAAAAAGGUAAAAAAAAAAAAAAAAAGAAGAAAGAAAGUAAAAAUAAUGCAGAGAGAGUAGGCAGGCCAGGAACAAGGUUGGGAAAUUUAAAAUUAUGUUCGGAAGCCACUAAACUACCUUUUUGGGCUUCUGGGGCUUUGCUUUGGGAAGCCGUUAGAGCUCCCAAACCUCCCAUCUUUUCUUUCUUUACUUCGCCAGUUUGCCUUUGUUCCUUUGCUUUCUCUCCUUUUUUUAAUCUCUUUAAUCCCUCUUCAGUUCUUUCAUUCAAUGUUUUCCUUAUUCUCUGGGAAUCUAAUCCUUGUUUCACAGAUAAAGACCACUUAAGGAAAGAUUUCAAAUUUGCUUCUUUAUUCUUCAUUCUAAAGAACAAAGUAAGUUCUUUCUUUCACUAUCUUCCCGCUUGUUCAAAAUUUCCUCCUUUUUUUUUUUUUAACGUUAGUCUUCCUUGAUCUAUCUAGUUUUAAUGGUUUUGGAGACAGUUUUCGCAUAAUGGGAAGCAAAAGAAAGGCAAAAAGUUCAUCUUUUGGGAGCAUAGUGAGGACGAGAUUGUCUGACAUCACCAAUUCACAGUUACAACCCAAGCCUUCAAGCCAAGAGGAAAAGCCUCAAUAGAUUUCUCCUGCUGCUGAAGACUACAUUAAUCAGUUAAUUAAGGAAAAGAUGACACUGAUGAAACUUAUUGACGAGAGAAAGUAUCCUUUUUUUUUUCAGGUUUCUAGCAUUAAAUGAAUGGAUAGAGACUUUUUUUUCCUAACAUUUAACAGUAAGAUUAUCGAAUUGAGUGGAACUGAGUUGCAGAAUCUGAGAAUUCGUUUGCAAAAAUUACAGCUACAGAAUUGCAACCUUGCACAAUCAAACAGUCAGAUGUUAGCGGUCUGUUGGCUCUGUUGAUUUUGUCCAAGUAUGAUUCAUUUCUGAAGUAUUUAGUUAUUAUUAAAAUUGAUCGUUUUUUGCUGGUUUUUCAGGAGCUUAAUUUAGGAAGAGAUAGGGUAAGUUUGUUUGGAACUUUUUACUCUUCUAUGAAAACUUAAAGAGUGUUUUGUUUCCUGGAGUUUUAAACCUAUUUCAAUUUGUAUAAUUUGGUGUCAAUCUUUACAGGUGAAAGCUCUGCAGC